AUGAAGCUGAACUUCAAGGAAGCACUGGCAGCAGCCACGCGGAAGCUGGCACGGCGCAGCCCGCCUCUGCCGCGCGCCGCCAACGGCCGCCCAACCCAACGUCCUCGCGGCGCGCUGCCGCCCGCCGCCGGCCAUGUGGCCCCCGUGUCGCCCUACAAGCCGGGCCACUCCGUCUUCCCGCUGCCGCCCUCCAGCAUCGGUUACCACGGCUCCAUCGUGGGCGCCUACGCCGGGUACCCCUCGCAGUUCGUGCCCGGGUUGGACCCCAGCAAAGCGGGGCUGGUGGGCAGCCAGCUGCCCGGGGCGCUGGGGCUGCCGGGGAAGCCGCCCAGCUCCAGCCCGCUGACCGGGGCCUCGCCGCCCUCCUUCAUGCAGGGAUUAUGCCGGGACCCGUACUGCCUGAGCUACCACAGCGCCUCGCACCUGGGCUCCGGCAACUGCUCCAGCUGCGUGCACGACGCCGGCAGCCUGAAGAGCGGAUACCCCCUGGUGUACCCCGCGCACCCGCUGCACUCGGUGCACACCACGCUCUCCUCCGGCGGCACCCCCAGCCUGCCCGGCCACCCCCUCUACACCUACGGCUUCAUGCUGCAGAACGACCCCCUGCCCCACAUAUGCAACUGGGUGUCUGCCAGCGGACCCUGCGACAAGAGGUUUGCCACCUCGGAGGAGCUGCUCACCCACCUACGGACCCACACGGCUCUGCCGGGCGCCGAGAAACUCUUGGCCGGGUACCCCACCUCGGGGCUGGGCUCGGCCGCCUCCUGCCACCUCCACCUCCCGCCCGCCGCCCCCGGCAGCCCCAGCACGUUACCGGCCUCCCUGUCCUUGAGGAGCCCACACACUUUGGGACUCAACAGGUACCACCCGUACGGCAAGAGCCAUUUGCCCGCGGCCGGAGCCCUCCCCGUGCCGUCCUUGCCGGCUGCCGGACCUUACUACUCCCCGUACGCUCUCUAUGGCCAAAGACUAACUUCAGCUUCUGCACUCGGAUACCAGUAACCGCGGCGGCCCCUUCCCCUCGCCGAGCCCCCCCGCUCCCUCCUUGGAACUGUGUAUUUAUUUACUGUAUGUUAGCUUAAAGCUGGGAAUAUAAGUGCAUUAAUACACCAAUGAAUCGAUGGUAUGCAAAAAAAAAAAAAAAAAAAAAGUCUGUGUCCGAAAAAAAAAAAAAAAAGAAAAAAAAA